CAACGACGCCAAACACCAUUUCUCAUUCCUCACCAUGCUGAAGGCCCAAAAGUCUGCUGCUGCCCUCUCGCGGCACGCCUCGCGUUCUUUUCGUCGUGGCCUUGCCACCGUUGCUGACCCUCCCGUGCGGCGGUAUGGUGGCCUCAAGGACCAGGACCGUAUCUUCACGAACGCAUACUGCAGACACGACCAUGGCCUCAAGGGUGCUCAGACUCGCGGUGACUGGCAUCGAACCAAGGACAUUCUCCUCAAGGGCGACUCGUGGAUUAUUCAGACCAUCAAGGACUCUGGUCUCCGUGGCCGUGGAGGUGCAGGUUUCCCCAGUGGCCUCAAGUGGUCUUUCAUGAACAAGCCGGGCUGGGAAAAGGACAAGCGCCCGCGGUACCUCGUCGUUAAUGCCGAUGAAGGAGAACCUGGAACCUGUAAGGAUAGAGAAAUCCUCCGUGGUGAUCCACACAAACUCGUCGAAGGCUGCCUCGUUGCUGGUCGUGCCAUGAACGCGACCGCCGCCUACAUCUAUAUGCGUGGAGAGUUCGUCCAGGAAGCCGCCCACCUUCAGCAGGCCAUCAACGAGGCCUACGCUGCCGGUCUCAUCGGAAAGAACGCCUGUGGCUCCGGCUACGGGUUUGACGUCUACCUCCAUCGUGGCGCUGGCGCGUACAUCUGCGGCGAGGAGACCGCGCUUAUCGAGUCCCUCGAGGGUAAGCAAGGCAAGCCCCGCCUAAAGCCCCCCUUCCCCGCCGACGUCGGUCUCUUCGGUUGCCCCACUACUGUCGCCAACGUUGAGACUGUCGCUGUCGCCCCUACCAUCUGCCGACGCGGUGCCCCGUGGUUCGCCGGUUUUGGUCGUGAGCGCAACCAGGGUACAAAGCUCUUCUGCAUCAGCGGUCACGUCAACAAUCCCUGCGUUGUCGAGGAGGAGAUGAGUAUUCCUCUGAAGGAGCUCAUCGAGAAGCACUGCGGUGGUGUACGUGGCGGCUGGGAUAACCUGCUCGGUAUCAUUCCUGGCGGAAGCUCUGUUCCUGUUCUCCCCAUCGACAAGUGCGGUGAGGUGCUCAUGGACUACGACUCGCUCAAGGACGCACAAUCUGGCCUCGGGACGGGUGCCGUCAUUGUCAUGGACAAGAGCACGGAUAUCGUUUCCGCUAUCGCCCGUUUCGCUUCGUUCUACAAGCACGAGUCGUGUGGUCAGUGCACUCCCUGUCGUGAGGGCACGACCUGGAUGAUGAACAUGAUGAACCGAUUCGUUGAGGGUCGGGGCCACCGGCGCGAGAUUGACAUGCUCCUUGAGAUCACGAAACAAAUUGAGGGCCGGACGAUCUGUGCUCUGGGCGAUGCCGCCGCAUGGCCAAUUCAGGGUCUCAUGCGGCACUUCCGCCCUGAGGUCGAGAAGCGCAUCGACGCAUUCCGCGCCGAGCACGGCGGUGUUAUGUUCGGUGGCCGCAUGCAGGGCAGCACCGACCCCACGCUUGCGCUCCCGGAUAACCUGGGCCCGAACCUCAUCGAGGCAGGCGACAAGCCACAGCCAACUGCAUAGAGACCAGAUGGGGCUUAACAUAAAGUUUAUUGGCUAUGGCUACGUACUAGAUACUGUGCUAUAUGUUCGUCUCUUAAUGCAACCUUCUUCGCUAUCAUCGCAGACGAAUAUACAGAUACC